GGUAUCGCAAGAUAAUUUGGUUGAAAGUAUACUUUCGGUCUGGAGAGUGCAGUACACGUCGGGGGCCUCCAGUCAAAAUGACUGCAAUAACGUGGAACUUCCAGCCGGGCUACCUGAAAACCCGUACAGGUAUUAUGACAACCAUGGAACUGGUCCUGGCAUGUUGCAUCCUCAUGUUUUACUGGCUGGGAGGCUGCGCUUUCCUUCUGGGCUGCGUGGCAUUCCUUCACAUGUUCAACAGCCUGUACAUUUGUCUGUCCGCCCUGCUAACGAACGAGCACAUCAAAAUUCCCUUCUACCACGCCAUCUUUCACGGAUGUGGAUCCUAUUUGUAUAUCGUCGUAUCCACUAUCUGGUUCGUAACGGAGCUCAACAACUGGAAGGAAAAAAUAUGGGGCAUUGCCGCUCAUGGUCUCGCCUUAAAAGUUGGAAUCACUCACGCCAUCCACGCUGUCGCAGUCGUACUACAGAAAACAUAAAUUCGUCCGUGUUUACCUAUUCGGCGAAUUGGAAUGGAUUAAACUGGAUAUGAAAGAAAAAUA